UCGUAGUAGGCAUAAGGUCCCUGGAUCUUGAGCAGCAUGGUUCUCCUGACGAUAGCCGUUCUCGCAGCUGCAAUCGCACUGUAUUACCACUUCACAGUCAUUUAUAAUUACUGGAGAGACCAACAUGUUCCUGGACCCAGACCUAUACCGAUUUUCGGGAACACUUUUAAAUUUUGUUUGGGUUCAACAUCACUGGGAGUUAUAUUGAAAGAAUUAUACGACGACUAUAAGACAGAAAAAGUGGUUGGAUUGUACAGAAUGAGAACACCGUGUCUUUUGAUACGCGACCUGGAUACUGUGAAACAUGUUUUGAUAAAGGAUUUUCAUGUGUUUUUGGACCGUGGCGUCACAUUUAGCAGGAAAGGAUUGGGGACAAACCUGUUCCAUGCCGACGGAGAAACUUGGCGAGCGCUCAGGCAUCGAUUCUCGCCCAUGUUCAGUAAUCAGAAACUCAAGAAAAUGAUGUACUUGCUCAAAGAUCGAGCUGAUUUAUUUAUAGAAUAUGUGAGUGAGGUGAUAGCCGUAUCACCCGAGCAAGAUGUGCACGCACUGAUGAAGAAGUACACGAUGUCAACGAUUUGGGCGUGCGCAUUUGGAUUCGAUGUUGACACCUUUCGUGAAGAAAUACACGCAAGUUUGAAGAAGAUCGAUCAGGCUAUAUUCAACCGACAUUUAAUAAUCGAGUUUGAGAUGAUGUACCCUGGUCUACCUAAAAAACUCAAAAUGGACCUGUUUCCCGGGUUUAUGCAAGAUUUCUUUAAAAAUCUCGUUGAAAAAGUAUCCACUGAAAGAAAAGGUGUGCCAUCGACUAGAAACGACUUUAUGGAUAUGCUUUUACAAAUUAAGAAUAACGAAGACAUUGAAAAUUCUAAAAAGUUAGAUGAUGAAGAAGCCGAUGCUUUUGAAAUAACGACUAGAGUUAUAGAAGCUCAGGUAUUUGCGUUUUAUGUAGCUGGUUACGAAACAUCUGUCUCCACUAUGGGAUUCAUGUUAUACCAACUGGCUUUGAACCCUGGAAUACAGGAGAGAUUAAGAAAGGAAGUAGACGAGUAUCUUCAGCGAAACGGCGGCCGAAUAAAAAUUGACACUUUAAAGGAAUUGACAUAUAUGGAGCAAGUUUUUAACGAGACCCUUCGGAUGUAUCCUAUCGUGGAACAUUUACGGCGAAAAGCACAAGCCGACUAUGAGUGUCCGGGGACAAAUGUGAAAGUUUCUAAGGGACAACUAGUGCUGAUAUCUGUGUGGGGGAUUCACCACGAUAAGUUGCACUACCCGGUGCCGGAAAAGUUUAACCCAGAAAACUUUUCCCCGGAGAACAUCGCCAGUCGGCAUCCCUGCGCGUAUCUUCCGUUCGGUGUAGGACCCCGACAUUGUAUUGCUACAAGAUUUGCGCUGAUCCAGACACGAAUAUGCAUCAUCCGGCUACUCUCCAGAUUCAGACUCGAAGCGAGCAAGAACACCAUCCGAAGUUUCUCCUACGACCCACUUCGGAUACCCUUGACUCCUGCAGAGCCAAUCUACGUGAACAUCUUCCCGAGGAAAGACGCGAGGUCUAAUACCAUAAAUUAAAUAUAAGGAAAUUAUACCAUACAUUAAAAUGCGACCGCCUAAGGACGCGCACAAACUAGAUGGAGCCACUAAAAAUGCCGUUGCCGUCGAAUAUGGGUGCGCCAAAGUUCAUAUAAAAUUGGUAUAUAGAUUAUUGGUAGUCCGAAAAUGUUUCUCAUACAAUUUUACAUUAUAACGAUCAUUAUUUGUAACAAUUUUAUGUUAAUAACUAUCGUAACU